AUGAAGUUUCUGAACAGUGUUGUCGCACGCCGGGAAAAUCGUCGUUUGUUCAGAGACCUAGGGCAAGGUAGUGGAGCUAUCGGUUUACCCGGAGUCGAUGGAGCCAUCGAUUGCACCCAUGUGAGAUUGAUGUGUACGAGGCUGAACGACAUCAAUGAAAUUUUUAGAAACAGAAAAGGAUAUUUUUCUCUUAAUGUACAAGCGGUUGUUGGGCCUAGAAUGGAAUUCCUGGAUCUUGUACCGGAAUGGCCAGGCAAUGCGUACGACAGCCGCAUCUUCCAAAAUUCUCGAGUACAUAUGCGCUACGUGGAGAGGCUUCAAUUUCCGAGCAUGUUUCAGCAAUUUCGGUGA